CCCCUGCCGCGUCCCCUCGCUCGGCUCGGCGGGCGCCAUGUUGGCUUGAGCCGAAGAUGACAGGGGGCGGCUGCGGGCGAGCAUCGCGCUGAAGGAGCGGCACCUCCGGCUCGCAGCGCGGCUCUCGGGGGGCGGCCGGAGCCGCCGGCGGACGAGGCGGGGGAGGGAGGGAGGGCGGGCUGAGGAGGCGGCGGCGGCGAUGCGAGCGGAGAGCUGAGGCUGCGGGAGGCGGCCGCCGUCGAACGCCCCCCGGCCCCCUCCGAGCGCCGCGGGGGAGGGCUCUCCCCUCGGAGCGCCCUCCCUCCCUCCCUCCCUUCCCUGCCCGGCCCGCGUCCCCGCCGGGCGCUCUUGGAUGCCGCACACCGCCUAGGGGGGGCCGCAGCCCGGCGUCCUCCCCAGCGGCCCCGGGCCCACCCCGGCCCUCCCGCCUCCCUGCCCCGCCGCCCGGGGCAGGAGCCAGGUCCUGCCUGCGCGGCCGGGUCGCCUGCGCCGACUGAGGAGGUGACUUGGACGCACUAUUAUCCCGUGUGAAUCAUCCCGUCGUCAUUUGUCGAGGCUGGGAGAGAAGGCAGAGGGCGAGAAGGGGGGAAAAAGCCCGCACGCAGCUCAUGUGGCGGUGUAGUCCUGCUGCCUGGUCUACCUGGCACCGCCGGUGCUGCCGCUGACAGGGAUCUGCUGCCAUCUCUGGUCUCCCGCUGGCUCCUCCGGUCCAGCCCGGCACCGCUGCCCCUGGAUAUUCCUGCUCCUCAGCCGGCCGCCUUUCCCACUGCUUAUCGGGCACCUCUCUCGCGUAGGGGCCGUGGAAGCUGCUGCCUCCGAUACUGACCCCGGUUUUGCAUCUUGAAGAUCUCCGGCGGGCUGCUCUUGGUGCUGCUGCCUUUUUUUUUUUUUUUUUUUUUUUCCUAAAGUUGAUUUAAAGCCAUUUAGGGUAACAUCAAAAUGUCCAGCAGCGUUCCAGCUGAUAUGGAAAUGAAAAGUAGGAAAGACAGCUUGCCCUAAGCAUAGAGCACAGAAUGAUUAUCAGUCAGUGCCUUUAUCUCCAAAUGUGCUGCUUGAUAAAUUUGCGCCUCAUCUUGGUAAGCGGGAAAACAAAAGAGUUCCUGUUUUCACCGAAUGACUCUGCUGCAGAUAUUGCAAAACAUGUGUAUGACAACUGGCCAAUGGAUUGGGAAGAAGAACAAGUCAGCAGUCCAAAUAUCUUGCGGCUUAUUUAUCAAGGGAGGUUUCUUCAUGGCAAUGUGACAUUAGGAGCAUUAAAACUUCCUUUUGGCAAAACAACAGUGAUGCAUUUGGUGGCUAGAGAGACACUGCCAGAACCAAACUCUCAAGGUCAAAGGAACCGUGAAAAAACUGGAGAAAGCAAUUGCUGUGUAAUCCUGUAAACCCUGUUAGCUUUACCUGCUAAGUGUGAUGUAAUAUAGUCUUUGUCUUUCAUGCUGCUGGAAUAGAAGAGGCCCUACCUUGCUUCAAACACCUGUAGGAAGAGCCUGUCUGUAAAUCCAUGGAACUGAAAUAAUACAUGAACACUGUCUCAUUAGUCUUUAAAAAAAAAAAAAAGUGAAAGAUCUAUGAACAUUUUGUUUAUUUUUUUUCAAUUCCUCCUUUUUGUUUGUUGAAUAAUCUUACAGUACAUCACUUUUUGAAAGAAUUCAGUCUCCAGAAAAGUUUGUGUUUUUUUCCAUAACAGGAAUCUUUUUGCUACCACAAAAAUCUGCAUUAACCGGAUCUAACCAGUCAAGCUUUCUAGAUGCAAUUUGCACUAAAUAUGGUUGACAGUAUAUUUCUCCUCAACAAUCUCUAACAAUAUUUGAGACAUCUAGUAAUAACCCACAAUGUAUAAUGCAACACUGGAAAAUAGUAUAUUAAUAAGUAAAACAAAUCUCACUUAUGGCCAAAUCAAAGGAAAAACUGUUAAGUCAAUUCUACCUAAGUCAACCUCGGUGGCCAAACUGGCACAGAAUACUAACUAAACCAAGUCUAACUAUAUAUCUUUUCACUGCAACAAAGAAAAAAUACUAUGUGCCUGUAAUUUAAAAGCACUCUGUAGAGGGCUGAUGAAACUGAUUUUUUGUUACUGUGUGCACUCCAAUCGUGUGUUAGUUGAGUGCUUAUUCAGACAGCACAAACAAGUGCAGAGAGUGCAUUUCCUAGCCUUAAUAUGGGAGGGGUAGUUUCCUGUAGUUCAUAGGCUUUUAUUAUUGUGCAUAAAUGUUAGAAAACAUCAUUUACUAAUCAGUUUUAUGUAUUUGAAUAUUGGCAAUUGGUGUUUUUCAGUCAUUUUUCUCAUCUGUACCUUAGACUUCAGUGUCAUGCUUACUCAUUAGAGAUUUCAAAAGAAUUAUUAAAAUUUAAAAAGCAAAAAGAAAAACUUCUGCCAUAAUACUAGUUUUGUUUCUUUACGUAAUCUGCAUUUGGUAUUAGUGCUUGCAAUGGUAUUAAAAUCAGAAGCUGAUUUUUGAAGGCAUACAUAAUUGAAAAGGAUGCCAUUCUUUUAUUUCAUAUCAAUAAUUUAAAUGUUGAUAUGCUAAAGAAAUUUGCACAGCACUAAAGCAUGAGCUAGUUUCAUCUAAACCUGUAAAAAAUAAAAAUAAAUAAAAAUUAAAAAAUAUAAAAGAUUUUAUAUUUUUUCACUGGGGAGGAAUUCUUCCUGGGUGAAAUUACAAAUAUGUGUAGAAUAUAUUUAAUAAAAAUCUUAUAAAUUACAUAACUAUAGAAGUUAAAUAUAGAUUGGCGUGUAGUAUAAUAGAACAAUAUUCCAUAUAAAUAGCUUUAGCCUUUAAAAAACUGAGUCACAGGUUGACAUUGUGUUCUGUACUUAAGUGUCCACAACUCUUACAGAUGUUCUGUGUAAUCGUUUUUCCGAAUGAUUGGCAUCAUUCAAAUGUAAACAGGUUAUUUUAUUCAUUGUUACUGCUUUGAUGAAAUGCUUUAUAUGCAGUAGAUUUACAAAAAUAUUGUUCAUACUGAUCAGAAUUAAAUUUGUAUAGAGCAGAGUUUUAAAACAAAUUGUAAAUAGCACUAAACAUUUUCUUUCUGCAACCUGUACUGAUAGACUCUUCUGUAAACUAAAUAAAAGAAUAUUGUAGUGCA